AUGGCCUCCUUCUCAGAGCUCUCCUCCAUCUACUCAGCCCUCAUCCUGCAUGGCGAUGAGCUGACAGUCUCAGAGGAUAAGAUCUAUGCCCUCAUUAAAGCAGCGGGUCGAAGUGGUGAACCCUUGUGGCCGGGCUUGUCUGCAGAGGCCCUGGCCAAUGUCAACAUCGGGAGCCUCAUCUGCGAGGUAGGGGCUGGGGGCCCUGUUCCAGCAGCUGCUGCUGCACCAGCAGGAGGUCCCGCUCCGCCCACUACGGCUGCCCCAGCUGAGGAGAAGGAGCUGGAAGCAAAAGAAGAAGAAUCUGAAGAGUCUAAUGAUGACAUGGGCUUUGGUCUUUUUGACUAA